UGUGCAAACUCUUUUCACAGCGCUAUAUAUAAGGACUGUCGAUUAGAUGUGCUCAAACCAAAGGCGUGGCUGCUUGCAGGUGGACGCUGCUCUUCUCCAUCUCAACUCUCUACAAUCAGGACUUUUCUCCUUCAGGGAACUAAAAUACAGCAAACAUGCCUAAAUGCCCCAAGUGCGAAAAGGAAGUAUACUUUGCGGAGAGAGUCACGUCACUUGGCAAAGACUGGCACAGACCCUGCCUGAAGUGCGAGAAAUGCAAUAAGACCCUCUCGGCGGGCUCACAUGCAGAGCAUGAAGGGAAGCCCUAUUGUAACAACCCAUGCUACUCUGCGCUCUUUGGACCCAAAGGGUUUGGACGUGGUGGUUCUGAGAGCCACACAUUUAAAUAGACUGUUAGGUUUACUCCCUCUGAAACGGUGUUUAUAGAGGCACGGAUGCCACUAUUUUAUCCACCUAUAGCUAAACCAAAGAAAACAUGACCAAACAAUUUAGAAACUACUAAUUUGUGUAAAACGUUGUCUGCUAUAGCAGCACGGAAUGAUGUUUCACGUUUCUUCUUUUUGUAAUUGAACUGAACAUUGUAUACAUUAAAUGUCUGUUUUAAACUA